AUGUCCAGCCAGUCUCCUAAGAAGCCUGGCUUUGGCGACCUUAGUGCUGCCGAAUUGAACCUCAUGCUGGCCAGCACCUUCUGCUCUACUGCUGGCGGCAAACUUGACUACGAUAAGCUCGGUUUUCUCGCUGGAAUGAAGAAGAAGUCAGCCAGCACCCGCUACCCAGCUGUCAGGCGUAAGCUGCACAAGAUGUUCGAGGACCAGCUCGACAAGUUCGAGGAUGAGUCUUUGAUCAAAGGCAAGCCUCCUGUCAAGCGCCGCAAGAUCCAGCUCGAUUUCGAUUUUCUGAACGACAUAGAGCCUGAUCUCAAGACUGAGGCUGCAUCUGAGCUGAAAGUAAAGUCCCCUGCCAAGGAAAUUAAGCAGGAGCCAGUUGAUGAUGACCAUUCGGAGGACUACUACACCAGCUACUUUUACUCCACCGAAGGUGCUGAUCCCAAGGUCGAUACUCCCCUCAAGGCGAACACCAAUGACUUGGAUAGCAACCCCGAGGAUUCCUGCACUAUCAAGGUCGAGCCCACUGAUUAA